CCAAAAUACCUAAGAGCCAAUGGAGUGGGAAAAUCCGAGACAUCAGGGAGAGGCUGAAGCUGCUGGACUGCUGGGUGUGGGGGGGCAUCCAUUUAGGACCUAGGUUAGCCCAGGAGCUGCCAAACACUUGGAUUCCUCUUGAGACUGUGGUGACUUGUGGACAGCAGGCUUGCUCUGCUGAUUCAUUCUCAUCUCUGUCAACAUGGUGAUCAAGGUCUUCGUAGCCACAUCUUCGGGGUCUACAGCGAUCAAAAAGAAACAGCAAGAAGUAGUGGGAUUUUUGGAGGCCAACAAGAUCGACUUUCAGCAAAUGGACAUAGCAGGAGAUGAAGACAACAGGAAAUGGAUGAGAGAGAAUGUCCCAGGUGAAAAAAAGCCUCAAAAUGGAAUUCCUCUCCCUCCACAGAUCUUCAAUGAGGAACGGUACUGUGGGGAUUUUGAAUCCUUUUUCUCUGCUAAGGAAGAAAAUAUUAUUUAUUCAUUCCUGGGUCUUGCUCCUCCUCCAGGCACAAAGGAGACUGAGAAGUCUGAUGCCACAGAAGAAACUGAGGCAAAAUCAGAAGACAAGACAGAUGAAGGUGCUCAUGAAGAGGUUCAGUCUACUCAGUCACCAUCAGAAAGUCAACAGGAAAGCAAGGAAGAACAUGAAGCAACAGGGGAAGAAGAAGAAGAAAAAGAAAAACAGGAAGAAGGAGAAGAAAAGGAAGAGGUGGAGGAGCAAGAAGAGUCUUAGUACACUGCUGACACAUUCUUUCUUGAACAGGUUUUCAGGAAGCGCAAGAUGGAGCAGCCCUGCCCAAGAAAAUAAAAUCACUCUCUCAAGCAAACCAUCACUACCUUUCAUCUCUGUAGACCUAUGAACAUAUAAAUACAUAGCAGAACAAAGACACCACUCUGUCCUACCUGUGGCCUUUAUAUAUAUAUUUGGUAUUCCAAUUGCUUGUUAAAAUGGGUCUUCCUAUAUAUAACUGAUGAUAUUUUGGUUGAUUGUUAUACGUUGGAUAGUAUUGUCAAUGUCACAUUUUAGAUUGUAAGCUCCUCAGGGCAGGAACCAUGUCUUUCUCCAUGUUUAUAUACUGCCAAACACAUUGCUUCCACUCAGCAGACAAAUACACUCACAAAAGCUACAUUUUCAGAGAAAAUGAAAUUCAGCUCUGAGAACUUCGAAGAUACUUCCUGUAUACAAGCUGUGUGAGUCACUUCUCCCUCAACUGGCUUUUGAAAAUGAUUGAGAUUUCCAUUGUACCGCAGUUUAAAUAAAUGCUUUUUCUGUCAUA